AUGUACGACACCACGACCAAGGAAGCUAUAGAGCUCCUGGGAGGGGGCGCACUUGGGAGGGCCCCGGGCGGCGUCCGUGGUAUGGCGUCUGGGGCUCCCCUGGUAUGGUCUCUGGGAGGGGCCACAGCCCUUGAAGGGCACCUUGGGGGCUCCACAGCUUCUGCGAGGGUCCCUGACGGAUCUGCCGCCCCUGACACGCCUCCUGGGAUCGCGGCCGUCCCUGGGAUGGCCCCUGGGAUGGCCCCUGGGAGAGCCCUUGGGGAACAAGCGCACCUAACAGGGCCCCUAAGGGCGUCGCCGUUUCUGGGAGGACCCCUGGGAGGGCCCGUGGGAGUGCCACUGUCUCUGGUAGAGCCCAUAGGGGCGCCAGUGCCCCUGACAUGGCCCCAGGAGGGCGCCACCACCCCUGAAAGUGUCCCUCGGGGCGCCGCCGUCCUUGGGAGAACCACUGUCCCAAGGAGAUCCCCUGGCGGCGCUGCCGUCCUUGGGAAUGUCCCUGAGAGCGCCGCUGUCUCUGCGAGGGUCCCUGGAAGCGACGCUGUCCCUGGGAGAGCCCCUGGUGUGCCAGCACCCCUGGCAGAACCCCUGGGGACGCCACCAUACCUGAAAAGUGCCCCUGGGGUGUGGCUGUACCGUCAAUAG